CCAAAGAGGGGGAAGACGGCCGCCAACAUCCAGGCCACCCCCCAUAGCGAAGUAUUGCCAGACCAAAGGCAACAGGAGAUAGAAAUGAUUAUCGAGGACUCUAAUGGACCAAGUCCGUAAUCACAAAAUACUCCAGGCGAACCUAAAUCACUGUGCCGGUGCACAGGACUUGUUUCUGCAAACCAUGGCAGAGUGGUCGAUAGGCGUGGCCGUAGCUGCAGAACCAUAUUUUGUCUCUCCCCGCCCUAACUGGGUGGGUGACGUGGACUCGUCUGUAGCUAUAAUCGGCUCAGCGGAUCCCAACUGCACUCCUCCUACACUCAAGGAAAGGGGCUCGGGAUACGUUGCAGCUAAGUGGGGUGAGGUUAUCAUCUUCGGCGUAUACUUUUCUCCGAAUAGGACCCUUCCCGAGUUUGAAGACUUCCUUGACAGACUUGGGGCCUCUGUUCUUCGGAUGGCACCAAGCCAGGUCUUGAUCAUGGGGGACUUCAAUGCGAAGUCUACUGCAUGGGGCUCCUCCCGACCUGACAUACGAGGACGUGCUGUCGAAGAAUGGGCGGCGGUAACUGGACUCGUUCUUUUGAAUAGGGGGUCAGUUAACACGUGCGUGCGGUGGAACGGGGGUUCAAUAGUGGAUCUCACUUUCGCUACGCCGGCUCUGUCCGCGCGCGUACUAGAUUGGCGGGUUGUGCAGGAUACUGAAACCUUAUCCGACCACAGAUACAUUCGUCUGGAUGUAUCUGUGUCUUACUAA